AGAAUCACUUGAAAGAAACGGUUUUGGGUAUUUCAAGAAUAUAAUCAAAAAUCUUUACAAAAAUGUCGGAUAUUUUUAAUAGUUUUGAUAGUAACGGUGCCGGUGGUGACGAUUCUCAGGACAUCAUUAUGGCAUCACCAUCUCAAAGUAGUCCCAUGGCAAAUAAUUCAAACUCCAAUUCGGCCGGAGUAAUUGGGCAAACAGUCAGUAAUGCAUCAACGGGGUCAGCAGGUAAUGCCACAACAUCAAAUGCCAAGGCAUCUACGGGAGCAGAAAAUCAACCGAUCUUGACAAAACCACGUCUAAUGGAAUUGGUCAGGGAAGUCGAUACAACUGCCCAGCUAGAUGAAGAUGUCGAAGAGCUGCUGCUACAAAUUGCCGAUGAUUUUGUUGAAGAUGCUGUCAAGGCCACAUGUGCUUUUGCAAAACAUCGCAAAGUUAACAAAGUGGAAGUACGCGACGUUCAAUUGCACUUGGAGCGUAAAUGGAAUAUGUGGAUUCCUGGUUUUGGUACAGAUGAACUGCGACCCUAUAAACGUGCCGCUAUUACAGAAGCUCACAAACAACGUUUGGCAUUGAUACGGAAAACCAUUAAAAAAUACUAA